UGUCAAUAACAGUUCGUUGUUAGGUUUGUUAUUGUGCUAAAAGUUGCAAAUUUUGUGAAAAAAACUUGCAUUCUAUGGUUCAAGCAUAUCUCCAAACAACGCUAGAAUAUGGCUAGUUUUAAAAUUGAACUGAACGGAAAAUCGGUGUGUCGCGUAUGUAUGAAAAAUCAUCGAAGAAUGAUACCGAUUUUCUCCAAACUAGAAGAUGCCUUCAUUGCGAACGCUCUCUCCGAAUGUACGGCCGUCAAGAUUUCCGUAAACGAUGGCUUGCCGGAGCACAUUUGUGGAGUUUGUUUCGAUGAUUUGACCUACUUUAUUGCAUUCGUUGGCAAAGCAAGGAAAACCGAUCACCAGCUGAGGGAACUGUUAAAACAGGAGCUUGGGGAUUCUGAUGAACUUUAUCAGAAAUAUUCUACAAAAAACGAGGAAUUUUCGACGACAAUAAAAUGCGAGGAAGCUGAUGAAAAUUACAUUUUUUUGGAAGCAGAUGGAGAGGUAGUUUAUGUAGAUGAAACUGAAAGGAAGGAAGAAGAAAGUCAAGAAGAGGAAAAUGAAGGAGAAAGAGAUGAUGAAUCAGUAGAAUAUGAGAUAAUUGAAGAAAAAUAUAUAACAGAAGACGAAAGAGAUCUCGAGACAUGUCAAGAAGAAAGAGAUAAAGAUUUCGAAUAUGCUUCUGAUGCUGAUAAUUUUGACAAUGAGAGUUCCGAUGCUGAUUUUACUCAACCUAAAAGAAAACGACAAACAUCCUCGAUAAAAGAUCGUAUGUUUCGCGGGAAGCGUCGUCUAGUAAAACCGAGCAACGAUGAUGAGGUUGACGAAGCAAAUAAAUAUGAAGAUCUCGAUGAAAUUGAGCAAAACAUAUUCGAAGUUGUCGAUGUUGACAACAAAUUUCUUUGUUGCUCUUGUUUACAACUAUUCGACACUCAAGAAGAGCUUAAGGAACACGGACAAACUGAGCAUAACAUGAAUCCCAUAUCGAACAAAUCGGAAAAACGCGUCUGUGAAUUUUGCUAUCGGCAAUACUGUUCUGUUUCCGCUUUGAAGUUACACCAAAGGAAAUUUACUCAAACGAAGCAUGUGUACGAUUGUUUGCUAUGCAAUUCUCGCUUUUUGGCAUGUCAGAAACGUCGGAUACAUGCUCACAACCACCCUGAGAUGGUGUCUAAAUCAUCCGAUACGGAUUUACUUCCGGCGAAGGUCCAGGAGAAGCCGGCUCGAAUCUGUUGCGCGCAAGGUUGCAAUCAAAAGUUCGAAAAUGAAGAACAACUGCUCUUGCAUUCUGCCAUCGAUCACAAAGCGAACAAGGUCCAGUCCAAUUUAGUCAAUGCAGAACUGCGGCCGGUCGAGUGUCCCGUAUGCUACAAACGAUUUACCAAUAAAAACAGGCUGAAAUUUCAUCAGCGAAGGGUCUAUGCUCCGAAGCGAUUCGUUUGUUCGAUAUGCGGUCAAAAGUUUGCUAACAAGAACGAACUGGAACGGCAUGAGCGGGAACACCGUGACGAGAAGAUAUUCAAGUGUGAACUGUGUCCCAAAGCAUACUACGGUUCGGAUCGAUUGAAAGCACACAUGAAGCGCCACACGGCAACGAGAGAAUUUAUGUGUAACAUUUGUGGCAUGUCGUAUAUGCAGAAACAUAAUCUGCAGACGCACAUGCUAAUGCAUGAAGGAAAAUUACCGUUCGAGUGCGAGGUUUGCAAUAAGGCAUUCCGAACCAAAGCUAAACUAGUCUAUCACAUGCGAGUUCACUCCGGUGAAAAGCCGUAUCCGUGCCGAUAUUGUGAAAUUGCUUUCGCAGACAGCACCAACAGGUUGAGGCAUGAAAUGUCUCACACGGGAAUUAAACCUUACAAGUGUGAUUAUUGCGACAAAACAUUCAUCACCAAACGUCUGAAAAGAGAGCACGAAAGUACCCAUACAGGAGAAAAGCCCUAUCGAUGUGAGGAGUGCUAUGCUACUUUCAGCCAUUCGAGUGCCCUCAGCACACACAAUCAGAUAGUUCACAUGGAUUAAUCUGUUGGAUCAAGCGAAAGAAGUUAUAACGUCAACUGGGUCACGUUUGCACAGCUUUAUGCCGCCUAUGUUCGAGAAGAGUUUUUAGAAUCUAAUUGCAAACAAUAAAACAAUAUGAUCACA